AACGCCCACUUUUACUUCCAUUCGAAAUAUUCGCAGAGAGAGAGAGCGAAGAAGAAUGACAAUGGACGUCGAAGACGAUAUGGUCACCCCUGGUGAGGUUUUGGGAGAUUCCACUGAAUUGAUCGCCGGCAGAGGCAUCCACGCAUCGCUCACCGGUCACCGCAACAUCAUCCCUCCUCAAUCUGAUUCCACCGACAAGCGUUCAACUGUAGAAGUCAUCGGUCACAAAUCUCAUGGCGCCGUCCCUGAGCCAGGAUCCAUUGUUAUCGCUCGAGUGACAAAGGUUAUGGGAAGAAUGGCUUCGGCAGAUAUAAUGUGUGUAGGAUCGAAAUCUGUGAGGGAAAAGUUCACUGGCACAAUAAGGCAGCAAGAUGUUAGAGCAACUGAAAUUGAUAAAGUGGACAUGUACCAGUCUUUUCGCCCUGGUGACAUUGUUAGAGCUUUAGUUCUCUCUCUUGGAGAUGCAAGGGCAUAUUACCUUUCCACGGCAAAGAAUGAACUCGGAGUUGUAUCCGCACAAAGCAUAACAGGUGGUACCAUGAUACCAAUCAGUUGGACAGAAAUGCAAUGCCCGUUGACUGGCCAGAUUGAACAGAGAAAAGUUGCAAAAGUUAUUUAGCUAUCAUAUUCCCUUGAAAUGAAGGGACGAUAAGCUCAGAUGAGUGGAUUUCCAGUUGAGUAGGUUUUAGAAACGAUGGCAGUAGUGGUCUCUCAACGGUGCAGGAUAACAAUGGUUUCAUUGAUUGCUGUCGCGAUAGCAAGUAGUGACAUUGACAAUCAGCAAUAUUAUGUUCAUUACCUUCAUUGUAUUGUACUUAGAUGAGCAGAGCUGUCUUAUAUUCGACUUA